UAGAGCUCGGAGAUCCUAGAGCUCGGAGAUCCUAGAGCUCGGAGAUCCUAGAGCUCGGAGAUCCUAGAGCUCGGAGAUCCUACAGCACGGUAGUCGACGGUACCUACUAGUAGAGUAACUAACUACCGGGAGCAACUCCAUAUAUACCCGAUGCACACUCGCAGCGCGCACCAUGAUUCAUCUGCUUCCGGAUCGAUCGCUGUUGGACUCUGCGGACUACGCAUCAUCCAGCGGAACACAGCAUUCCCGAGCGGGCGUGCGGACUCGACUUUUGAGCUGUCGAGCUGUCACGCCAACUCUGAUUCCGGUGUAGUUGGCGUCAAAUUGAAUGCGAUCGAACGCCAAGCAUUCGACGCGCUGGCAUCAUAAUCAUCGGCUCUCGAACGCUGCUUGCAUCCCGCAUCCCUACCCUGCUCGCACGCAAAGCGGAUGCCACACCGGAUAUGUUAUUACUAACGUGGUACAUUACGGGAGCCAUGGAUAUUGGACUGUGGCCCCCCCACAACCAUAGGUCCAACAAGCUUCAGCUUAGCUUUCCUCCACACCCACCCCGCCCGCCUCCAUCAUCACCUGCCCAGUUCAAACGCUUCUGCUCGAUCGGCGCCCUUGUUCGUCUGCUUAUCCCUCGAGACGCCGCGCACUCCUCGACACCCGCCCCCCACUGUAGUCCUACGCCGACGUCCCUUCUUCUUCUCCUAAAGGCAGUUGUGAAUGAAAUGCUACCCAAUACCGAGCUCUAUUCCCCCGCGAUCGAGGUGGACCCUGCAAUGUACGACGAGGAGGACCUGGGUUACGAAUCCGCAUUGUCGGGAUACGACUCGGAUACCAUGUGCAUCGCCUCGACGAUGAACGAGUAUCUGCUCGAGAAUGGCCGACUCUACCACACUUAUUAUGGACCCGACAAGAACAUACUUCCUUUAGAUGAAAUUGAGCAGGACCGCAUGGACCUGUGUCACGAUAUCUUCAAUCUGAUGCUUGAAGGAUUACAUUUGGCGCCGGUAGAAAGCCCGACCCGAAUCUUGGACGUAGGCACGGGAACCGGCGUUUGGGCUAUUCAAGUGGCGGAAGAAUAUCCGCAGGCCGAAGUCAUCGGCAUGGAUCUUAGUCCCAUUCAGCGCGAAUGGGUGCCGCCGAAUUGCCGGUUCGAAGUGGACGAUGCCGAACGAGAUUUCACCUAUCAAAGGAAUUCCUUCGACCUUGUUCACGUACGGAAUCUAGGCCAAUGCAUCGAUGACUGGGAAAGAUUGAUGUCGGAGAUAUAUCAGUGCACAAAACCCGGAGGGUACAUCGAGUGGUGCGAGCUUGGAGGCACCUGCCACAGCGACGACAACACGCUGGCCGACAACAACCCGACCAAGCUCUGGUUCGACUGCAUGGUCAGAGCUGUCGCGAUGCUCGGCCGGCCCGCGUCCAUCACCCAUAUCCUGAUGCACGACUUCCUCGAGCGCGCCGGGUUCGUCGAUAUCGAGGUGGCACAGUACAAGCACCCGCUUGCCCCAUGGCCGAAAGACAAGCGCCUCAAGCAGAUCGGCGCGAUGAACCUGAUCGCGGGCGUGACGGGGUACCAUGCAUACGGUAUGGCGCUGUUUACGCGCGUGUUGGGCUUCCACAGCGACAUGGCGGACAAGAUCUGCCGCGACUGUCAGGUCGCACAGUUCGAUAAGAGCGCUCACAUCUACACGUUUUACUAUGUCGUGUACGCUCGAAAACCCACGAGGGACGAAGCAGCGGCCAACGCCCACUGAAGAGCCAACCAAUAUAUCGUGGAUUCGUGGUUGAGCGCGAGAUGGUUCAACAAGUUACAGGUAUGUAGCAGAAGGCCCACUGGACAGGCACUUUGCAAAAAGAGAUUACCGAGAUCAUGGACAGAGAAUGUAUGUAUGUAAGUUCAACUAUAUAUACGUUUGAAAGUUUGUUUAGUGGAGAAUACAC